ACCCUAUAUCGAACUCAACUGCUAUUGUCCAAUGACUUGCCGGUUUGUACCGAACAACUCACUUACAAGUCGGUUUCUGUUGAUGUCUCCGUUGAAAUGCUCGUCAUCGUGGCUACUGGACGUAACAUAUCGCUCUUGAUCACCAAUCCAGAUGGGGAUUGGGCAGAAGCUACAGAACAAUACAGCGAUGGCUUCAAUCACAUUUGGGUUUACAAUGGUCCUCACAUUGGUAAUUGGCUGUUUUCAUUCCGUUCAAGUGCAGCCACGCAGUCGUGCAACUACAAGGUCUAUCAGGCCAUGUAUCACACACCUGGACGCGAUAGUCAAAUGGAUCUGUUCUGGUCAACAUCAAUCAAUCUCGACUCGGACAUGGGCCUGCCACAACCACUAUACGGUCUUCAACAUGCGAUCGUUAUGCAUCUCACGAACUAUCCAGUCAUGGUUCCACCAGAACGAGUUCAGGCUUUCCUGACUAUAACCGCGAAUCGUGACGGAAAACAAACGCAGGUUUACGCUUCGAAUGGAAUUUGGCGUGAUGCCUGCACUUACAACUUCUACUUCCCACCUUUCAUGUGCCGAACACCCAACGAGCUUCUUCAUUUCAACUUCUUCGCGCAAGAUCUACAAGGAUUCGCCGUACAACGUGCAGGUGUCAUGUACUGCGCAGAGAUAGCACCUCCUCCAACAUCACUUUCGGGAUGUCUGAACGGAGGCGUGAUGAACCCCGCAAACACGUCAUGCUUCUGUCCACCUGGGUUCACUGGUAAUCUCUGCGAACAAAUUGUGAGUUUCCAGUUCUGA